UUUUAAGAGUGAGGCCCCAAGUUCUCUUCCAUAUACUUGUAACUGAAUAAGUCUGUGGUUAUGUGAUAACCACACUGAAGUGACAACUGGCCAAGCUUCAGUGAAGGAGACCUCAUUAUUUAGAGGUUGGCACACGGCUGUGUCCUUUUCUCAAACUGUCUAGAAAGUUAGUGGUCAGCUCAACAUAAGUAUUUAAAUGCAUAUUCACAAUUAAGCAAUAUGGCUUGUAAAAUACAGCACUGUACAAUCAAAUGACACACAAAUCUUGAUGAUCUAAAACAAGUUUUGUUCUAUUAUAUGUCAAGUGAGAUGUGUUUUACUGGAAUAUUUUUUAGAAGCAUUUUCAGGCAGUUUUCCUUCUUGAACAAAAUGACAAAUGGACCACUGACUAGAUGUCAUGAGGAACAUAGUACCCUCUGUCUAGGGUUAUAAAUAAAUUUGAUACAUUGUAGACUCGAUCUCAUUUUAGUUCAUUUCUGUUUUUCUAUCUAUAUGUUGGGGAUGGAUUAACACCAAUGAUGUUUAAAGAAAAAUUGUUCAGAGAAGUUUGAAAUUUGCUUUAAACGGAAUUAUCUCCCAGUAUGUGAAAGUUAUUCAUAACAGAAACAAACAGGGUGAUAGUCGAUCUGUUUACAUUUUCCUUGGACUUUAUAAUUUCUGAGGGGACUAUUUGGCUUCAGUAUUUCAUACUGCCUUUCUUUUUUCCACUUUGAAAAAUGUUACAGACUCUGUCACCACAUAUGAGCACAGGGACUUGGCUUGGUGUUUCUGCACAGCUCUCCUGGUGACUCACAAGCAGAACGUUCAGCACCCGACCUUUGUCCUCUUCUUUUUGAAAAACUCACUUUGUUGAGACCAUUUUCCUGAAAGGAAGACAUUCUAUUGCUAUAGUUUUUCAAAUCAUAAAAGUAACCCUAAUUCAUUUAUUCAGCAAGGAGUUGUGAAAGAGACAAAUAUCUUUUUCUUUCUUUUUUUUUUUUUGAGACAGAGUCUCGCUUUGUCACCCCUGGUAGAAGUACCUUGACGUCAGCUCACAGCAACCUCAAACUCUUAGGCUCAAGUGAUCCUCUUGCCUCAGCCUCCCCAGUAGCUGGGACUACAGGUGCCCGCCACAACGCCUGGCUAUUUUUAGAGAUGGGAUCUCACUCUAGCUCAGGCUGGUCUCAAAACUCCUGAACUCAGGCAUCUACCCACCUCAGCCUCCCAGGGUGCUGGGAUUACAGGUGUGAGCCAUUUCACCUGGCCCUGAGACAAAUAACUUUUCAAAAACAAGUUCAACUGUGCAAAAAUAUUAAAGGUGGGAGCUUGAUGGAAGGUGAUAUCCUUAAAAGGCUUAGAAUAUAAGAAGCACGAAGAGAGGGCAGUAUCAGGGCACUGACAUGCAUUUGAAGCUGAUGAUCCCUGAGAGAAGAGGCUGACCCUAUCAGGAUUAAGAGAGCUUGUGUGAUGGUGAUGGCUACAGAACGUGGGGGCAGAAAUGUAGCGUGUUUGUCCAAAUUGGCAGAGAGGAUUCUAGACCCAGGGAAGGAGGAACAAGCACACGGACACUCAGAAGGAGUGUAGGGCAGAAAAGCUGAGAGGGGAGAGGUCUGAUCACGGUGGUGAGUACAGGUUGCUGACUGGAAAUUGCAGUGGCCUGGAAACCACAGGUUGCAACUGCCAGGGAAGGUUCUAGGAAGUCCAGACAAAAGGAUCGGUGUGCUGAACCCAGAGAGGAAGGCUGCAGCCGCCAGCUAAGGGUGACAGUGGAUGGUGACCCUUCCAAGAGGAAGUUUUAAGUGGAAAGCAUUAAAUUAGGAGCAAGCGUAAGUCCUUGAAAGCUCCAGGCCUUGUGAGUGAAGAGUAGAGUAUUUAUCAGGGUAUCUAUAGAAGAAGAGGCCAACGUAGUGUUUUUCUUUUACUUUGUAAACCAACAAUUAUUGACUUUUUCUUCUGGUCUAUACUCUUUGCUUAGAUGAAUCUAUAAAGUUAGUUGUUAGUGUCUAGGUCAGAGGUCUAAGUGAAGGUGAAUAUUUAACCACGUUCAAGGACAGCUGAUAAUCUUUAAUAUGAAUUGAGGUACAAGACUUAAGAGAAACAGGAAUCCAGGAGGAAAAAUAUAGUCAGGGAAUCAGGGCUGUCCAUGGAAGCGCCCACGGAUCAGUAAUAAAAGUAGAAGAGCAGGGAAGCUUACUCUUUUUGGAACAAAUGAAUUCAGAUGUGGGGUUUCUUAGUAGAUUAAAUCAUUUUUAGAAGGUGUUUUAGAAAGAUGUGUGCCCCGUGAUGAGACCAGGUCUGGAACAGACUCUUGGAGAGUAAAGUCUCUGAAAGAGAAAAGAGCAAAUAGAAACUGGGCCUCAAAAUAAGAAUUACUUUUAAGAGAUGAAAAGACGAAAUUCCGGGCUCUGGUAUAACAGAUCCACCACCAGUUAUCCUGACACAACUACCACCAUCCUAUUUACACCGGUGAAGUGACAUUGCCGAAGGACCAGCGGCUCGGAGCUCAACUGUGUGACCAGUGCCAUCUGGUCAAGAUGGUGGACACAGAAAGCCCAAUCUGUCCCCUCUCCCCACUGGAGGCCGAUGAUCUGGAAAGUCCAUUAUCUGAGGAAUUCCUACAGGAAAUGGGAAACAUUCAAGAGAUCUCUCAAUCCAUUGGUGAGGACAGUUCUGGAAGCUUCAGUUUCACAGAAUACCAGUAUUUAGGAAGCGGUCCAGGAUCGGAUGGCUCUGUUAUCACAGAUACCCUUUCACCAGCUUCUAGUCCCUCCUCGGUUACCUACCCUGUGGUUCCUGGUAGCACAGACGAGUCUCCCAGCGGAGCAUUGAACAUUGAAUGUAGAAUCUGUGGGGACAAAGCCUCAGGCUACCAUUAUGGUGUUCACGCGUGUGAAGGCUGCAAGGGUUUCUUUCGGCGAACGGUUCGACUGAAGCUGGUAUAUGACAAAUGUGAUCGUAGCUGCAAGAUUCAGAAAAAGAAUCGAAAUAAGUGCCAGUAUUGUCGUUUCCACAAGUGCCUUUCGGUCGGGAUGUCACACAAUGCGAUUCGUUUUGGACGGAUGCCAAGAUCUGAAAAAGCAAAGCUAAAAGCAGAAAUUCUUACCUGUGAACAUGACGUAGACGAUUCUGAAACCGCAGACCUCAAAUCUCUUGCCAAGAGGAUUUACGAGGCCUACCUGAAGAACUUCAACAUGAACAAGGUCAAAGCCCGCGUCAUCCUCGCAGGGAAGGCCAACAACAACCCACCUUUUGUUAUACAUGAUAUGGAGACGCUUUGUAUGGCUGAGAAGACGCUGGUGGCCAAGCUGGUGGCCAAUGGCAUCCAAAACAAGGAGGCAGAGGUGCGUAUCUUCCACUGCUGUCAGUGCACAUCAGUGGAGACCGUCACGGAGCUCACAGAGUUUGCCAAGGCCAUCCCAGGCUUUGCGAACUUGGACUUGAACGACCAAGUGACAUUGCUGAAAUACGGAGUUUAUGAGGCCAUAUUUGCGAUGCUGUCUUCUGUGAUGAACAAAGAUGGGAUGCUGGUAGCAUAUGGAAAUGGUUUUAUAACUCGGGAGUUCUUCAAAAGCCUAAGAAAGCCAUUCUGUGACAUCAUGGAGCCUAAGUUUGACUUCGCCAUGAAGUUCAAUGCGCUGGAACUGGAUGACAGUGACAUUUCUCUUUUUGUGGCUGCUAUAAUUUGCUGUGGAGAUCGCCCCGGCCUCCUAAACGUAGGACACAUUGAAAAAAUGCAGGAGGGUAUUGUGCAUGUGCUCAAACUUCACUUGCAGAACAACCAUCCAGACGAUAUCUUUCUCUUCCCAAAACUCCUUCAAAAAAUGGCAGACCUCCGGCAGCUGGUCACGGAGCACGCACAGCUGGUGCAGGUCAUCAAGACGGAGUCUGACGCCGCCUUGCACCCCCUGCUGCAGGAGAUCUACAGGGACAUGUACUGACGCUGGAACUCAGCAGCGGUGGCUGCUUCUCAAGGACCUUUCGAGUUGACAGCACUACAAAGGAGAAAUGGGAGCAGUGUGAUUUUGCACAGACAUCCACCACAUUAGCCUUAGAGGUUGGAAAGCCUGAGCCCUAGGUAACGGGAACGUUAUUCCACAUCUGUCUUUGUUUUAACCAGGCCUCCUCAGAGCGUGCAUAGUACUCAAAUGCUGGUGACAAGUGGCUAAUAUCAGGACUUGGAAAAUUAAGGGGGAAUGAUGUUCAAUGAUCUGAUCAUUUUAGCUCACCUGAUAUUAAUCAGUGCACAUUUCUUUACAUUGCAUUAGACACUGACCAUUUAAUUAACUGGUAACCUCGAAAUAAGCGCCUGUCUUCCCUUCCUACUACUCUUUUGACUUUGUGCUCCUUUAUAAUUUUGAAAACUAAUCAGCACUUUUUUUUUAACAACAAUUAUAAUUUUGUAAAUCUAGAUGCAUCCAAAGGUUAGGUAUUUUAAAAGCAGCAAAAUAUUUAUUUGGAAGACUUCACUUCUGUUUCCUGAAUCUGGAGAAGGACAACGUGCUGCUUUGGAAUCAUAGGAUUGAGAUUUUUUAAAGAACUAUUUGAUAAGCUAUCAAGAUGCAGCUGUGGUUUUGUUUUCAGUUCACUGUUUCCGUGGUCGUAACUAAUAUGUGGAAAAGCCUAUUUCCAGGUUUGUGCAGAAAAGCCCAGAAAACAAUGUCUCCAGCCUCCCCGGCCCGUUUUAAGCUAGCGUCUGCCGUGAGCGGGAGGAAGGCCAGCUGUGAGUGUGUGGGCUCCCUCCUUGUCCUCUGUUGCUGUGAAAUCAGAACCAGCUCACUCACGCCGUCUGUGGGCAUGAUUGUCUUUUUAGGGACAAAUUAUUUGUAAAUGUUCUUCUGGGCCCCAUUUGGCAGCUCCUAUGUCUUUUCCUAUGUUGCUUUUUACAAUGUGACGCUUUAUUUUUUUAACUCUUGGUGGUGGCACAUGCUUUCUGGAGUUGACUGGGGCUGGGAGGGGCUGCCCCCAGACAGGGAGAGAGGGGCACGGUAUCCUUCGAAUGGCAGUUUCACUCAGUCUCGGAUUUUACAGCAGUUACUUUUGUUUUUUUUUUUUUUUACAAAGAUUUAGAUCAUUAAGUCUCUUCCCCCCACACUCUGUGUGUAAGGUCAUUUUUCAAACAUCUAAAAUAGUUGUUAUAGCCUUGAAGAUCAGCUUCUCAACCUCAGUUCAGCUGGGAAAGCCAAGUCAAUAUGGCAUUUUGUCUAGAACGCAGGACCUGGAAGUACUUUGUCCUCCUGUCUACCUAGAGGAUUAACUGUGCCUCCUGCCAGAACUGGGUUGGAACUGCCAGUGCCGGCUGUGACCUCCAUGGGUGCCACCGCACACCUUCUGUGUCCUCAAGGCCCCUCCCCUGUCUCUAGAAAAUCUGGUGCUUCUGAGACUGUUAUGUAAAGAAUGAUCAGGAUUGACAGGGAUCAAGUUCCCGAGAUCCACAUUAUGAAAAUAUGACAGCAGAAGGGACAAAACUGUGAGACUUUAACUAGAAAAAAAGUGGAAGUCAGGAUUAGGACAGCCUUUCUUAAAAAUCUUUUAGUGGUAUUUUAGUGGUAAAAAAUCAUUUAGUGGUAUUUUGGUUUUGUUGAAGAUCUAAUCAGAGGGUCUGUUGGCCAGCAGCAUCGGCCAAUCUGCCCCAGGGUCCUAGGAGUCAGAAGCAAAUCCCAGUGUUUCUGCAUCACACCAGCCAGCGGUGAGCCUCGCUCUGAGGAAGCCAGCCACUAGCCACGUUCACAGCCAUUCACUGUUCUUGCCUAGAGUGAGAACUCCUUGUUCAGUGGGACUCCUUUCAGGCUCACAGGCUGGAGUCCAAGGUCGUGUGCAUGUUGCCUCCGCACCAUGCAGCUCUUGCUUUGGAGUGCUCUGGACUGGUGCUAUUCCUACAGGCCUGACCUAGGAGAAUAGGCUUCAAAGUUUUCAGAGAAGCCAUUUAUUCUGCUUAAUUUUUUAUAAAACCUAUUUAAUAUUGUUCCCUAUCUGAAGCCUUCAGCAGUAACAGUCAGGCCUGUACUCUGUGUGAGCUCUCCAGGAUGCUGGGCAGUGUUAGUGAGGGUGCAGGUCUCUCCAGACUCCUGGUGGUGGCCCAGUGAAGCCAGAAGGGAGCCUACAAGUGACCUCAGCUUGAAAGUCACCCAACGGUGUUCACUGGUAUUAGCAGCUCCCUGCUAAUAGCACAUGCUCCCAUUUCUUUAAGUAACAAAGUCACUAAUGGCUACUCAAUGCCAGAAUAUUUUGGGUCACCCGAAGAUUUCUCAGGGUAUCAAUAGUCAAACGUAGGCUGCAGCAUUUGCAAUAGGAACUGUUGAAGAGUGUAUUCACUGCACUUACUUCUAGGUUUCACUAGGCUUCAGAAAGAGUACGACAGAUACGUCCUAAGGGAUUCGGGGAGUUUCAGACCCGUGUGGGGUCUACUUCCUCUAACAGUGAACAGAGGAGAUCGAUUUAACCCACUCUUCAUUGUUUAAACCUGGUUCUUCAUGUUCUCAACUUUUAAAAGCAGAAAGUGCCAAACUCCUCAGAGACCAUGGAAUUAUAGCCUGGUCUCACACGCUGACCAGAAUGAAGGAACACCUGGGGCUCAUCUGAGACGGGCCUCCAUGUGCCGGACAGAUGCAGGGCUGGGGGUCAGGCGCAGGCUGCUCCCAAAUCCGUUGGGAGCAUAGCACCAAGCCCCUCCCAUUCUGCAUCCUGGGCAUUUCCAUCCUUGUGCCCCCCAUGCUGGAUUCUGCCCUGACCACUCUUUGGGGGGAAGAAAACCCUUCAGGCAUGAGGCUGCUUGGAUGACAUGCAGAAUUGUCAAAACAGGACGCUUCCAGCUACAGCAGCAAGAGCAGCCUUGGAGGUGGUGUGGAUACUGAGAGCACCAGCUAGUGACCAUUCCUCCUCCCCACCUUGCUCACCAGUUUCCCCUUGACCUUCUUUCAGCUCUGAUGGACACAGAGUUUCUGCCAGGACACAUGUAAUGAAUGUGCAGAGGGGUAGAAAGAAACCCAGCCCUCGGAGCACUCAGAAGCUUGCAGGAGCUUUCCCUUAGGUUUUUUUGGGGAGCAUAGAGGUAACUUUGCACUUGUUCUAACACAUUUCUUGCACUGGCCAUUUAAGACCCUAAGGGAUACAGACUGCCUUGAACAUUGUCUGCAAGUUACAGGGACAGCACAGCACCCCAGAGCUGAGCAGAAGUUGACAUGAUGCUAAGUAAACUAUUACUUUAGCAGCCACCUCCACUAAGUGCUAUGUACUUAGCACUACCUCAACAGGAGCCACGGAAGGCACCCUUAACAUCAAGGUGCACCCGUGCUAGGCCCUUGUUGUCUAUAUAGCCAGGCCAUUUGUGACCAGGGCUCCUUAAGCGUGUGCACACCUGUGGCUGCCUGAGCACAGAGAAAGGAAAGCUUGUACUUUCUAAGGAAUUUUGGUUUUGAAAGGGAGCCUUAAAGAUACACAUGCACAAGUUGCUGCCACAACUUGAUACACUGAGACCGGGCGUGACCCGGGUUUAGGAUGGCCCAGUCUGCAGUAGCCACCCCAUGCCCCAGCCGGAGCUCCCCUCUUACCUUGCCUGCUAGCUGGUGGAGGAGUCCCUGCAGCCCGGUGUUUGAUCCCAGGCAUUUUCUGCCUCCAGCUCCCACCGUGUGUCAAACCAUCGUGGCACCCGGCACAUUUGAUACUUACCAGCCAGAUGCAUGACAGAGGGAGAUUUGUAUCCUGACCCAGUAGUCACAGCUGUCUUUGCAAUGUCUCACUGAACUCCGGUUUCAACCCAGCGGGCCCAGCACUCCUUGCUGAGACUGAGGCCACCUCCCCACCACCUCCUCAACCCAGGAGGCCUCUCAAAAUGCAGAUUCGACCAGAAAAAAAUGGGCCAGGUGCCUGCAGCCUGUGCUGUGGUUCCUGACAGCUUGCAAAGCAGGUUCCUUUGUCUUCUGCACUCUUCAGCCCCUUGAGGGGGUCAGAAGGGGAAUCAGCCCCCAUUUUAAAAUGAAAACACCAGCCUCAGGAUGUACAGCCAUGUCCUUGGGCCCGGGGCACUGUGCACUUUCUCCCCUCCUGUGGCCUCUGCUCUUCCAUGGCAUUUACAGCUGGCAAGGGAGAGGCGAGAUGGCGCGACCGAGAGGCUGCAGCCGUCCAUCCACCGCCACCCCCUUCUGAGGAUGGCCAGCUGGUCCUCUGCAGUCAGCACUGCCUGCCUGAUGCAGCAUCCUGAGCCAUACGACUGUGAGUUCAGAAGAGGGGUGUAGGUUGAGGCGAGUUAAGGAAACUGCCCUGUCCAUAGAAGUCACAGACCAGGAUGGACACCCCCGCCGAGUGCUUACUAAUUACUAACAAGGACCACAGAGGAUGUUCCAGUGAAGUAUUCGUACUUCUCAUUUUAAAGUGCUCCGGCUUUUCUUAAUGUGAUCCAAACUGAUUGUUCAGCUACAUGGGAAUUCCUUUCCAACCAGAUCUUUGCAUGGGGCCGUCAGUGAGGGGACUGUGGACUGUUCUGGCUGUGAUGGUGGAGCUGUCCUUCCCUCCCAUCUUCAGAUGUCACAGUCUGGAAGUGAAACACCCACGAGCCCCUGCCACUCUUCUGGGAGGAGCAAAUGGGGAUUGUGACGAAUGCUGCUGGACCUGCCUCAGCUGUCCAGGUGUCCUCAACUAAAGGACACCUUACCAUGGGACUCGCUGAUGCCAUUAAAUCGAGCAGUCCUCCUGUAAGGGUCUUUCUACCUAGAUCUAAAAAUAGGCACUGGAUGUUGAGCUCUAGGUUUUUCCUGGGAUUUAUGUUUUUUAGGUGCCAUUUUGAUAGAAUUCAGAAAAAUGUCAUCAACCCAAUAGGUUAGUUAGGGUAAGAACAAAGGCAUGAAGUUUGAUCUGACUUAAUUUGGGAGAUCCAUUAUCCUUCUCUGGAAACCACAAUACAUAUUAAAAUGUGAAAUCGGAAGUUUUGCUUAAAAGAAAAAAGAUGAGACGUUUCAUGCUUUAGUUUUAAGUAAUGACAUAAUACCUCCCAUGCUAUUUUUGUGGAAUGCAGAAGCUUCUUAAAGUUAUUUCGGUGUCGUGGGCUACAGGUUUAUCACAAAAGCCAUGUGUACAGCCCCUUAUUAGGACAGAGAGCAAGAGGGUGGUGCCCGGACACCCAAGGACGUGACCGCCUAUCUGGAACAGGGCAGCCAACUGACCAUUUGCUUCUCAGAAUUUCAGUUUCAGACAUGAGUAAUAAAAUCAGUUACUUCCCUCCCCAACCCCUUUGUGGGCAGGGCUGCUGAACUCGCAGCCACAUGCUCGAGUCCUCUGCCAAGGAGACCAGACCAGACUGUCCACGUGCAGUGUUGGAUCUUAACCCAAGCAGCAUCAAGUACUUUAGUGGCCCAUGGUUAUCAGACCCAUUAUUUGCAAAUAAUUGUUUUAAAGUAAGAAAUAGUGAUGCUUGUAUCACAGAAAAUUAAAGAUUUUUUUUUUUUAAUUUAAAAAGUUGCUAGCUUGGGUCAAAUGCCUGGAUUUCUAGGGACAGUGGUGAGCCCAGGGCAGGGGGCGUGUGGCCACCCGGAGGGGACGCCUGGGCACCUUUCCAGGCCCUGGGCCUCUGCUCUGCCUCCAGUUAGAGGCAGUCAGGCUUCAAGCCCUUUUGGAAAAGUCAUUUUUUUUAAAGGCACAAUCAGUUCCUUGUUCAGGCCUAAAAAGAAAUGUACCUCAUAAAAGAAAUACCGCUUAGUCCCAUUUUUGGUAAGAUUUCAGUGUUUGUGUUGAGUGUCACUAUUUUUUCUACACUGUGUGGCGAAAGGAACUAUAUUCAUAGCUGUAUUUUAAAUAUUGUGAUUUGUUUUUUACAAAUAUCCUACUACAAAUAUUUUACUAACUUAUAAUCAUUCAUCAAAUAACAGACAUUUGAAUUCUGAAAUCAGUGUUAAUUGAUAUGUAUCCUUCAAAGUCUGGCUCUUAAACCUACUGGAAACACAAAGAAAGCUGACAUAAAAUGAAUACAACUUUCAUGCACCUGUACACACACACACACAUUCUCCUGAGCCAGGCAGAAUUUACUUUCCACGUGUAAAUCUGUCCCCUUCACCAUCCUUCAUAUGCAGGAAGUGUAAGUGACUCUCCCUCUGCACUCACCUCACCUAUUUAGUUAGAGGCCACUGAUUUCAUAUUGAUAGUGUUUUGCUAAAGACCUGUAACUACUCUUGUUUAGUAAAUAGCUGUCUGCUCUUCAGGGAAUUGUUACCUAUGAGUUAUUACCAAAGAACUUUGGCAAUUCGAAAUAAUCCUGAUUGAAAUCGUUUAUACAUGCUGGGUCUUGCCAUCCUCCAGAAGGUCCAGCCUGAAGUAUAAAGUGGAACCCACAGCUCCAUGAGUUCCUCAGACCAUCUCAGUAUCUUAUAAAACACCCUCUGCGGUCCACGAUGCCAUUACGCUAACACCCCGGGGAGAGGGCUGACAGGCACUCGAGAAGGGCCAGACCCCAAAGCAGGGAUGGCGUUUGGUUCCUUGUGGAACCAAGGUGUUCAUCGUUCCUGCCCUCCGUUACCUCACGCUCCCAGGACGUUUAGGGGCAUUAGAGCCUUUGCUCUUUAUACCAGGUGGGAGCAGCUGCAGUCAGAACUGUUAAGCAAGCUCUGGCACCCUCUCCAGCUUCAUUCUUUCCGGGAUGUGGGCGAGGGUAUCAGGGGCCUCAGGAAUUAUAGGUGUGCAGAGUAAGGCAAAUGGAAUUUUUCUAGCCACAUUAACUGAUUGUUUCCAGGCAAUUAGAAAAUGACUAUAAAAUAACCUCAUUUUUGUAAAAUCUUGUGUCUUCUUCAUUUUCCUAUUAGGAGAUUGAACUGACCAUAUGCAUUGAUUUAUAUCCUGAAUUUAUGGGAACUUACAUGUUUGGAAUGUCCUACUGUAAGACUGAUGAAUGUAAAGAAUUAAUUUCAGGGUACAGUUUUGCCUUAAUGGGUUAAAAAAAUAAACUAUUUUUAAAAAUUU